AUGUUGCGUUGCAAGUUCUGUGCCCAUCAGACGUGUACUCAUACGAUGAUGCGAGAUCAUUUGCAAUCUAACCAUGUCUUGGUCUGUCGAGCCUGCGGAAAUGGAUUUGCGCAUCGGGAGAGUUUGACCCGACAUGGAAAACUGGGACGAUGCUCGAUGCAGUUUAAAGAUGUGUCUGUGAAACAAAUUUCUGCUGACUGUGGAGUAUGCUAUAAGAGAAUGUCACUUGCCAAUGCAUACCUUCAUUUGUUCCGAGAGCAUUUGAAUGCGGUCUUGUAUGGCACAGUAUCUGGGCAGGUGUAUCCAGAGCAUCUCAAUCUUCACGUUGAUCAAAGUUUGGCAGAAGUUCUACCUGUAAAGGAAGUGGCUCCAAUCACGCCCUUGCCUACACCUGGUGAACAUGGCGAACGAAGAAAUCGCGAAGUGGUCGUGUACAAAGUGCCACCGAAUAAUGCACAUGUUAUCUGUGUGGGAUGCAAAUGGCUAAUGCAGAUCAACUCAAUAAACACCUCAGCAGGCAUCCGGAGAAAUUACACUCCUAUCGCUGACCAUGAGGCAAUGAGAGUGCAUCUUACACAACGGCACAUGGAUAAAAAAGAUGGCAAUUUGUGUUGUCGUUAUUGCCAGCGAAUCAUAGCUGGUGAGAGUUGUGCACAUCUCCUCUAUAUGUGUACACAAACUCGAAAAUGUGCGUUGUGUUAUGGAAAUCAAGUCAUGAAAAAUUCUGCUGAGAUGACUGUACACUGGACAAAUAAACACUUGGACAUUUUGAGGAGAUUCCAAUGCUCUGAUUGCGGUAUGACGUUCUGUCAUGUAAAAGAUUUCUGGGGUCAUCAGUGUCGUUCACACUUUAUGCAACAGAAAUGUAGCUGUGGAUUCUCAGUGACUUUUUCUUCCCGAACUGCAUUUUUACUGCAUUUUGGUAUGCAUAUCGAUGAGGCAAAUAUGACAUGUAAAUUGUGCAAGUUUAAAUUUUCCUCGAAGGUUGCGCUGCAGAAUCAUCGGCUUUCGCAUGCUAUAAUGGUCAAUAGUGCAACUGGAAGACAGCUGAUAAUUUUGGAUCAAAAACUUGCUCAAGCAGAGCUGCAGCAACAACAGCAGCAACAGCAACAGCAGCAACAACAACAACAACAACAGGAAGCGAGGAAACCGAGGCGAACUGCUAAAGAACUCGAUGCUUUGAUUGAGGAGAAACGAUUCACCGCCGAUAUCACCAUAACAUUGCGUUCCAUCGUUCGCCAAGUAUGCGAAUCUCUUGGCGAAGACUAUAAUGCGCAGAAGGACUCACCAUCGCCGUCUGAUGUGCUUGUAGCUAACAACGAUGACGAUAUAAUAGAAUUAGACAGCCCUGGUGUGGAUGAUGAUUUGGUCGACAGUGCUGAGGCAAGUGCCCAUCGAGCAUCUCUUAUGGCCCAAGUUCGAGUGGAAGUCGCAGAUAAUGUUGGGAAUGUGGGAUCGUCGAUGCCUGGCUAUAUUGAGGACGACGACGAGAGCGCAGUGGAAUGCCUUCCUGAGACAUAUGAAUUCAAAAAUGUGGGUUUCUUCUCAUUUCAGAACGUGAAAGCUGAGUACGCGUCGGCAGUUGUUAAAGAAGUUCAUGACGACAACAACGACGACGAAUUACAAGUUAUCGGCGAAGUCGAACACGCUCCUGGUGUUACGUCAUCAGCUGUGGUCACCCGCGAAAAGAAGUAUAAAUGCUCGCGAUGCAGUUCUAUGUUUAUCACUGCUCAUGCAGCCAAACUGCAUGAGGAGACGUCACAUAGCACUGAUGCGGGUGGUAUAUGUGAGAAGGUCUUCGGCAUUCCUUUGAAGGGUUUCUUUUUCGUAUGCAGGAAUUGCUGCGCUGCAUUUGAAAGUCAGCAACAAUUCAAAAAUCAUCGG